CGCCGGCGCUCACUAGCUCCCGGAGCGGCGGCGCGGGCGGGCCGGCGGGCGGGCCUGCGGAGGGCAUGGACCGCUUCGUGUGGACCAGCGGCCUGCUGGAGAUCCACGAGACCCUGGUCAUCCAGCAGCGCGGGGUGCGCAUCUACGACGGCGAGGAGAAGAUAAAAUUUGAUGCUGGGACCCUCCUUCUCAGUACACAUCGUCUAAUUUGGAGAGAUCAGAGAAAUCAUGAAUGCUGCAUGGCUAUUCCUCUUUCUCAAAUUGUGUUCAUUGAAGAACAGGCGGCUGGAAUUGGGAAAAGUGCUAAAAUAGUGGUUCAUCUUCACCCAGCUCCUCCUAACAAAGAGCUUGGUCCAUUACAGAGCAGUAAGAACUCCUACAUUAAACUCUCCUUCAAAGAACAUGGCCAGAUUGAGUUUUACAGGCGUUUAUCAGAGGAAAUGACACAGAGAAGAUGGGAGAACAUGCCAGUUUCCCAGUCAUUCCAAACAAAUAGAGGACCACAGCCAGGAAGAAUAAGGGCUGUAGGAAUUGUGGGCAUCGAAAGGAAACUGGAAGAAAAAAGAAAAGAAACUGACAAAAACAUUUCUGAGGCCUUUGAAGACCUCAGCAAGCUAAUGGUCAAGGCUAAAGAAAUGGUGGAGUUAUCGAAGUCAAUUGCUAAUAAGAUUAAAGACAAGCAAGGAGACAUCACGGAAGAUGAGACCAUCAGGUUUAAAUCCUAUUUGCUGAGCAUGGGAAUAGCUAACCCAGUUACCAGGGAAACCUAUGGCUCAGGCACACAGUACCACAUGCAGCUGGCUAAACAGCUGGCUGGAAUAUUGCAGGCCCCUUUAGAGGAACGAGGGGGUAUAAUGUCACUCACGGAGGUGUACUGUUUAGUAAACCGAGCUCGAGGAAUGGAAUUGCUCUCACCAGAAGAUUUAGUGAAUGCAUGCAAGAUGCUGGAAGCUCUGAAAUUACCUCUCAGGCUCCGAGUUUUUGACAGUGGCGUCAUGGUAAUUGAGCUUCAGUCCCACAAGGAAGAGGAAAUGGUGGCCUCAGCCUUGGAGACAGUUUCAGAAAAGGGAUCCCUAACAUCAGAAGAGUUUGCCAAGCUUGUGGGAAUGUCUGUCCUGCUGGCUAAAGAAAGGUUGCUGCUUGCAGAGAAGAUGGGCCAUCUUUGCCGAGACGACUCAGUGGAAGGCUUGCGGUUUUACCCAAAUUUAUUUAUGACACAGAGCUAAGGUUUUUUGUAUGUGAAAUACUUUUUAUCCAUGUACUUGCAUCAUGUAUAGGUUGUAUGAUACUGAGCUAAGGGUAAACUCUGAUACACUGAGAAUUUGCUGGAACUGUAAAACCCUUUUAAUUUCUUCCUAAUAUGGGAUAGGAAGUUGAUUUAGGAUGAAUAUAGGAAAAUACAGAAAAAUGAAUGCCAAUUUGAAUUUAAAAUCAUGCUUCACUUGUAUAGAACCCUCAUAGUUUAACUUGAAAUAUAGUGGAUUUUAACCUUAUCAUCAAAUCUAACUAUUUAGUUCAUGGGGGAAGGAAAAGAGAAGCUGCAUGUUUAGACAGGUUAGUUCGUUAUUUUGGUGUGACUAAAAUUCACUGAAUUAAAAAUAAGUGAAGUUUUUGUUCAGUCUGGGAGGUUUUCAUGAAGCAAGUCCUACAUUCAGUGUAGUUUAAGAACCUGACAACAUUGGAACAAAAUACCAAACUGCGGCAUGCCUGGGAGGCUCCUUCUAGGGGCUUUUAUUAGAAACAGUCAUAACGUGUCUUCAACGACAAAUAAAGCACCUUAAAAAAGGAGAGAAUUGUAUCUGACUCACAUAUAUAUUAUCUAACUAGUUGUUUUUUUAAGUGAUGAUUUCAUGCCUGACAUUUAAAGAAUGCAACUAUGUCAUUUUGUUUAAAAAAUACUGUGGAUCUUGAAACUGAGUUAAAGAGCUGUAUAGACAUGCCCAGAGAUAUGAUUACAAAUUUGGGAAGUAGAUAGCUCAAGAACAUAAAAGUGGAAAAAUAAUAUGUCUCCUUUUCUUUCCCUUAAGGAGUUUCACACUGAACUUUAAAAAUCUGCCUAUCAUAUUCUAGCAGUAUUUUUUCUUUACAUGAUAAGUUGUGUGGAGGAACUUUCCUGCUAAAAAGUAUUACUGAGGUAACAAAAACUGGAUAGUGCUGAGUUUAGAUGGCUUGAGUGUUAAGUGCACUCCCUGACUUCCUAUGUUCCAGCUCUGUAGCAUUCGAUGUGCUGGGAUUACCUCACACUCAGGGACCAGCAGGCACGGAGGAGACCCUCAUUCUGAGGCUGAGUCAGGAGUGGAAGGUAGUGAUGAUUUCCGGCCAAGCAUCCAGAGGGGACAGUAUCUGUGUUGAGGGAACCAUUGAGACCAGGAGGAGCAAUACCCAGGCUCACACUCUCAGAUGUUCUCAGUGAGGUGAGUGCCAUGCCAGAGGCUGCUUCAGGCGCAGCGAUCCUCGGCUGCAGACCCAGGAAUCCCUCCAAGUGCAGCCAGAGUCAGUCCGAUUCCUCCCAGAAAAGUGGCUGUUGCAGCUUCACAUCCUCCAGUGUCGGGAAUGUUGUGCCUGAGGCAUCCUUCCUUACUCUUCUUUUUCCAAAUCUGUCACUGAUUCUAAAUUGUGAUGACAGAUCCCCUAGUUCCUCCACUGCUCAGCCUCAGGUUUGUUUUGGGGGAAAUUCAAUGUCUUUCAGGCCAUGGUGUAAGCUUGUUUGUACAUCACUCCUCUCGGGCUGCACAGCUAAGACUGAGCUACUGUGGUCUAGCUCUAAUGCUGUGGAUGUAUUACAGCAAACUCCCAUAAUUCAGCCUAUUUAUUUACAUUAGUGUGACAACACGUUAACAAAAAUGGAGCAAUCGGAAUUGUAUACAGUGAACUAAAGAGGCAGUAAAAUGACAUAUGAAUAUAUUUUGC